UAUCCACAUACACACGUAGACAAAACCCCUGAAGCCGGCAACACCGAAACAAGUCGGGUGGGAAGCAUGAAAAAAGAUAACCUAAGGUGGCAAAACGACGCGAGAGGGGAGUGCAUAACCCAGGGGGGGAUUCGUCGCGAAAGGGUCGACGUCGAGCUCUACAGACAGUAGUGGGGCUAAAUGGAAAGCGUGGUGGACAGUAAGUUGCAGUGUUACGGCAAAACUGAGUGUUUCGCGACGUUCGCCUGAGUCUGACAACCAAUUAAUCGAUUUUCCGGUGAAACCUGUGAAUUCACCUGAAAAGCACGUCGGGGAGCCGCGUAUUUUCUCGAAAAAAACCUCGUAAAUUGGUUGAAAUCCCCGAGAAUGGAAUCGCCGGUUAUUUUUCGAAGCUCCCCCCACCCACCGAGCAGCAAAUAAUCAAGUGUUAGUGAGUGAUAACCAGGAAGUGUUACAAGCAUGCCCAAAAAUCCCAGUGGGUCUCGGCAAAAUGAAUAAUAAACUAAAAACAAACUAGAGGAUUUACCGGCCGAGUAACAAAGAGCAAAAGCCAAAUGAUAGAAGGAAACAUGGCCACCGGUGUGAAUGGAACAGAGCCCGCGAUUCCUCAGUGGAAACGCGACCUGAUCCGGCGUAGGCAGCAGAAUCGUGGUAUAUCCCCAGGUGGAGUCUCGCCAGCAGGAGCUCCAGGUGCAGUUGAGCCAGGUGUCCCUGAGGGGCUGGACUCCACCAGUGAUAACGCCACCGCUGAUGUCCCUAAUUCAUCCGAAUCAUGGAGCACUCAGGUUACUCCAGUUUUAGUCCAAAAUACAACAGCUAGUGGCGCUGCGAGCCGAGAGUUUAACGACAGUACCCUGGCUGGCAACGUAAAGCCAGUCGCGUGCAGCAUGCACCUCGAGUCGAACGGAUCCCUCUGUCCGGAGGAGCCCGCGACCCUUAAGAAUCACCCCAUGAAUUUCGAUAAUUGCGAUGCAAAUCGAUACAAAAAAUACGUCAGCCCUGACGAAUCACGGGAAUCACCGAAAAAUAAAAAAAAUCUCACCAACGAAUUUUGCAUUCGCGAGAGGAGCGUGAUAAUGGAUGAUUGUGAGAGUGACAGUUCCGAGGAGUUGCAGUACGGUCCGGGUAUCGUGAACAAAUUGAAGAGCAAGUACCUGAACCUGACCCUGAGGGAGACGAAUAAAACCCGAGGCUCUGUCCAGAGAUUCCGCAGGGCAGCGAGCCUGGAGGAUCUCUUGGACUGCGAUCACGAAACCGAGAAGACGCGAAAGUUCACGAAGAAAGCCCCAGGUGUCUCGGUGAAGCCCGAAAGGUACCGCAAUUCCUCUCGCGGUAACGACUCGAUGAAGCGAGCCAGAAGCGUCGAGACCCUGAUGAGGUACCAGUCCGAUGAUGAUAAAAUCCCUCCGGGCAAAUUGAACAUCCAGAAGGAGCCGGUUAACGAUCACAUUGUGCUCAUCGACAGAACGACUGUAAACAUCGAGAACAGACUGAUGAAGGAUCGUCCCAAGGCGAUGAAUAAACCUAAGAGAGUCAGACCAUUGUUGGCUGACACCGAGCGACCGCCACCUGAUCUAGUCAAAACGACACUGCGACUCUUCGAGGGCUCUGUUAAAAAACUGAAGCCGAAGGGAGAGGUUGCUGCUAAGGUGGCAACGUUCAAGACUAUUAACGACACCCUCAAGGCACAGACGAUCAAGAAGAUUGUGCCAAAGCCACCGCUACAACCCAAGCCCUUCGUCAAUGGGAGUCUGAAGAGCUCGGGCUUCCCCAAGAAGGCCAAUGACUUGGAGACUAGUGAGCUGCCCAGAAACGGUGUAGCCAGUGAUCCAAUUGUUCAGUCAGUCUCCUCAGUGGUCUCCAAGUUCCAGAUGAUCGAGAAGUCUGCUUCACCGGAGCCCCCUCACAAGUUCAAAUUCUCACCUGCACCGAGCCCAGAGCCUUUCCCAACGAGGGUCAAAGGUACAGAGGGCAGUGCCAAAGCUGUGCCAGUAGUUUUAGGUUCCCAAGGGUCCAAGAGAGACUCCCGACCCAACUCAUGUCCAGUGUCAACGACGACCACUGAGACAACUUGCCAGAUUUCAUCGCCUGAAAAGAUGGAGGAUCUGGAGGUUGGACGAGAUACUAGUGGAUUAAUCGAGGGCAGGGUUCUAGAGGAUAAUAAGGAAUUGGGGGAGAACGACGAGAUUGAAGGGUCCAAAAUACCAGCGAGGGUCUGCGAGGAGCCGAGAACGUUGGUGGAGGUCGACGUCGAGAGUGAAAUCCCGGCGAAGUGUCAGGCCCCUACGAAUGGAGUGACUGAUCCCCUCGGGGAAAAGACCGAUGCUGACUCCACGGACUCGAAGGAGACGUCGAGGAUCGAGGAGGCUGAGCCAGAGGUGAAAGAACCCAAAGUCGAUGUUGCUGUGACCAACGAGAAGCCUAUCGGCGCAAUAUCGAGUUUGGGAUUGAUAAAAACUUCCCCGAUAUCGUCUUAUCCGUCCACGAAGGAAUCAAAAACGAUAAAAAGUCAGAAGUCCGGGGGCUCACCCAUUCCGAAACAAAUUGGAAUAAUUCGGCCGCUGGUGUCGAUGAAGGCCCAGGUGCCACAGCAGAAUCUUAGCAAUCGUGAGCUCGAGAAAAAUCUUAUUAAUCGAGUUAAAAAUAUUGAACAGCCGACUAAAGUCGUUGUCAGCCUCAAAACAGCGGAGGAGAUACAGCCGGUUAAUAAAAGUUGCUCCGGUGGAGCUGGGGGUGAGGGCGGUGGAGGUAGUGGAGGACUGUGGGACACUAAACCGUGGAAUCAGCAGAAUAAUACGAUGGUGUUUAACUUCAGCAACAGGAAGGACGUGCCAGAUUAUAUCGAGAACGAUGGCCUCAUUAUUAGGAGGAAGAGGGAUAAACCAAAGGUGGGCGAUGGUGGGAUUAUUGUUCUGGAUGCAACCUUGGAUGCCUCAACGACGGAUGAAGGGGAUUGGGAGAUGUCCAGAGGACCUCCAUCACCCUGCGAUGUCCUCUUUAUCAACGACAAUGUGCUGAUUAAUGGUCGCAGUAAUCUGAUAAGGACUCCGAGGAAUCACAAGCAUCGGAUACAGUUCGAUGAUGAAGCGACACGAACAUUCGAGUAUCCAUCUGAAGCUUCUAUGCUAGAGGAUGAUGCUAGUGGGGAAUCGUCAGCAACGGGCCAUGAUGAUCAUCAGUCAGCUGUUAAUAACAAAACCACGUGUUCCUCGACGACGGGGAAUUCCGCCUCGCCGAUUCUGGGAGGAGGUGGUCUCGCGAGUUACACGCCAAGUAAAGUAGACCUCACAUCCGACGGUUUUGAAUUGGGCAUCACCAGAUCAGUCCAUCCCACGACAUGCGGAAGUGGUCAGCAGUGGGAGUUGGAGGAGAGCACCACCGAUGGAACGAGCGACGAUCAGGAGCAUCUGGGGGAGUCACACGACGCUGCCUGGGGCGUGGAAGCCACCGCUGAUCUGCUUUAUUGAUGAGGCUAUUCUCUAUUGACGUUAAAAUUCGGAGAGAUGUGCAUUGCUGAGAAUAUUUAUACACCUUUCCCAGGGAAAUAACAUCUCCUACGUCAUGGGAGAGGAACUUUCACGCUUGACUGAGGCUCAAAAUUCUUUCGUACUUUCGUGAUUUUUUUUUAACGCAGGUAUGAGGAAAUUCAAUAGGAAAUUGGAGAAACAUGAGAAUUCCAUUGGCUUUGGACGGGGAAAUCAUUAGAUUUGGAUUGAAAUUGGGUAGAAAAAUGCCCUGGAGAUUUUAUUUUCAAGAAUCCUAGGGAAACAUUUUCUGAGUAAAAACAUAAUGAACUAUUUAAACCAGAAAAAUUAUGGGGAAAUUCUUCAAUGAGAUUCUCAAAAUAAUUGGCUAUUGAAUUUUUGUUUCAUUUAUGCGGCAUCGUCACUAAGAAUUAAACUUAAAGUACAUUCCAUUCUCGAUAAAUCCACUAUUUUUGAGACAUAAAAUACCUGAAUGCAUGGAACAUGAUUAACGAGGCUGGUUAAAACUGUUUCGGACGACAGAAGUGACUGAAACUGCCAAAACAGCAGAGACUGAUGUCUCAACUCAUCGUUCUCUAUUGACCGAAGGGGAUUGACAAUUUUCUAUGUACAAUAGAUUCUAGGCCAUGGUGACCGAUCAGUCGGAGAUGAGUGAACGGUGGUGUACACCUUUGAAAUUGUAAUUUUCUCAUUUUAUCGAUUUCAAUUUCUCGCAUUGCUGUUUCUAUGGAACUCUGUUGUAAAAUAGGAGAAUAUAAAUCAAACUGGGUUUUCUACGAUUUUUUUAUCGUCAUUGGGUGAUAAAAUUUUUAUGGAUUUUACGAUUUUUAUCAUAUCUAUGCGUCAUGUGAAAAUUCAUAGACUAUUUCACUCAUGAAAAGAUUCAUGGAAAAACGUUUAGCUUUUUGUAAAAAAUUCCGGUGCAUUUCUGAUGAAAAUUCUGUUGGUUUUUAGUGGGUUCCGUUGAAAAAUUUCACCGUUUUGUGGUUUUUUAAAUAGAAAAUAGGUGAUAACAAUUAUUGUUCCAGUGGAGCUCCAUCUUUCUAUAAAAUUUUUUUCAUUAAACAUCAGCAAUACAAAAAGUGGAAUUUUCUUCAGAAUGCAGAACGUUUUCUAUUGAAUUUUUUUUAUAAAAAAAACAUUCGAAUUAUGGUAAGAUGAGUCGCCCACUAAUACAAUGAAUGCCGAUUGAUUGAAUUGCAAAUAUGAUUCAAUCACGCAAAAUGAAAAAAAUUAAUGCCUCGAGAAUGCAAUACCCUUCACUGCUCAAAAUCAUUGUGUUCUGUUGAAUAUUUGUUGCGUAUCUUGCAGUUUUCAUGAUUGAAAAUUAAAAAAUGAGGAAGAAUGAUAAAGUUGUCAAAUAUUUUUGCAACUAGUUUUUUUUUCGUACUCGGUAGUCUGACGAAUUUUGUAUAUACGAUAAGUUAUGGUUAGUCUAGGGAUAGGCAUUCUUUCCUCAUUCACUCCAAAUAAUCAUUUGCGAUUUGAAGUUGUCUCCAAGGGAGACGAACACGUGGAAGUAUUCCACACUAUGUAUUUUGAAAUCAAUUGGAAUGCAUUUAUUUAGUCUGAAAGAAGGCAGAACUGAGGAGAAAGUGGUUUCUACAGUGUGAAGUCAGGAGACGUGUGAGAAAAAAAAUCUGGAAAAUUUCUCUUGAAUUUUUAUUAAGAAAGAAAAAAUUAAUCUCAUCCAAUUCACUCAAUAAUCUCUGCUAAAAAAUAGCAUUUCAGUUGAACUUUUUCGUGUACUUUUCUCAUUCGUGAAAUUUUCCAAGUUAUUCAAUGAAAAAUUCUCCCCAAUAAAUCAUGAAAAUUUUCCAUUUAUCGAUGUCUGAAAAAUUUGCGAUUCCCCUCAUCUCUUUCGUUUGGUGUUGUUAUUAAUUUAUACUAUAAAUGUGAUAUAUCCAUUAGAAAAAGACAAAAAAUCGUUUCGAAAGUUCGUCCUACUUCUACAUUGCAUUCCUCUCCUGGCCACAAUCAAAAAAAGUUAAUAACAGUGAAUAUUUUUACACUGCUGUGACAUUUUCACGAUCAGAAACGUUACUGUCCAAUCUAAAUAUAUAUAUUGUGAAUGUGCUUUGGUUAUCUUUUGUAAAUUAUUGUUGUACAGUAUGUCUAGGAUAACGAGGAUAUGCAGCGGUAAAUAAAUGAGUCGAUGUCAAAGUAUGGAUGAUGCAACUGAAAUACCCAUUGAAUGUAGUAUUUAUCGUUAAGUGUAGAUGUAGGGAGAUAUUAAAAUUUUUCGAGUAAGUUUUUAAUUAUUGUGAAACUACUUAUGUACCAAGUGAUUAAGCGAUUAUUCAUCGUCAGGGAUUUUUCCUUGAUUUGAAACUUCAAUACGAAUAUUGAAUGAUAUAUAAUCGAAGUGUAAUGGAAAUUAAUGGAAUAAAGGAACAUGUAAACGAU